GGAAGGCGGAAGUGGUUUAGCCUGCGAGCGCCCGGCGCGCGGAUGGCUGGCCCCUGGCCCCGAGGUGCCCUGCCCGUGGGGCCGGCGGGGCCCCGGGGGCCGGGGCGGCCGCAGGGGCGGCAGCAGCAGCUGCGGGGGAAGCAGCACUCAGCGCCAUGGCCCGGACCGCGCAGCAAAGAAAAAAAGAAAGUGAAUUGCAAGCCCAAGAACCAGGAUGAGCAGGAAAUCCCCUUCCGGCUCCGAGAGAUUAUGAGGAGCCGCCAGGAGAUGAAAAAUCCCAUCAGUAACAAAAAGAGGAAGAAACAAGCCCAGGCAGCCUUCAGAAAGACACUGGAGAAGGAAGCAAAAGGAGCCGAGCCAGACAUCGCUGUCCCCAAGUUCCAGCAGAGGAAGUGGGAGUCUGACGGGGCCUACAUCCAGCGAAUGGAGGAAGAGGCCCAGCACGUGCUCUUCCUCAGCAAGAACCAGGUGGCCCGGCAGCCCGAGGUGCAGGAAGCUCCCAAAAAGGAGAAGUCAGAGCAGAAGAAAGCCUUCCAGAAACGGCGGCUGGAUAGAGUCCGGCGGCGGAGGGAGGAGAAGGCCGCAGAAAGGCUGGAGCGGGAGCUGCUCCGAGACACGGUGCAGUUCGGCGAGGUUGCCCUGCAGCCCCCAGAGCUGACCGCCCAGCCCAGGACGAGCAGAAGUUGGAGCCAGCCUGGGAAGAAAUCGCUGAUGCUGAGGAUGCUUUUGAGCCCUGGUGGCAUGUCCCAGCCUCUGACCACGUCACUGGCCCGACAGCGGAUUAUUGGGGAGGAGAGAGAGCGGGCCGUGCAGGCCUACAGGGCACUAAAGAAGCGGCAGGGGGCACCGCAGCCGCCCUGUUCUCCCCACCUGGCUUCCAGGAAGAAGGCAGAGACGCAUCUGUGACGGCAAGACCAGGGCCUCCACACCUGGGUUUGGGGAGGACGUAGAUGGCCUGGAACACAUGCUGGGGCCCCCAGGCCCCCCACGUACUCGCUCUCCAGUGCAAAAGAGGCUCUGGGCCUUUGCUCUCUCGUUUUUUCUCCCUAAGAUGGCUUUUCUGUGAGUGACCAUCUACUGGGCUGUUCCUCACAGGGCAUGAUCUGUCCCAAGUGCCCAGAGUGGCCAGCACCUGUUUGGGACACAGCCAGUCAGGCACACCUAGCAUCAUUCAUCGCAGCUUUGUUCUGAUUACACAGGUCCAGGCUCAGAUAAGCCAGGGCCGCUUUAGGGAGGAUGAUCCCAUAAUCCUGUGCUUCGACGCCAGUCCGCUGGAGACACUGCAGACUGGGUCAGCUGAAUCUGUAACUGAAGCUCCGUAUGGUUCAACAGCGCAGCUCGGCUGGAAGCACAGGCCGGGCAGUGGGCCGGAGCAGGGGUGAGGGGGGCAGGGGUCAGGGUCUAGGCCACCAGGACCUGCUUCUGGCACCUUGUCCCUGCAGAGGCAGGUGCAGCCCACCCAGGCUUUCACUGGGAUAUGGAGACAGGACACCACCCACACCCAGUGGGUUUGAGAGGAGGUUUGUGUUCUCGAGUGUUUGGGGAAAGAAGAGCAGGUCUGAAGCAGCUUGAGGGCAAGGACAGAACUCUGGCCCGGGACCUUCCUGAGGCUGAAAGGGUUAUGUGGGGAAUUCCUGCCAAGCUUUGAAUCUCCCACCAGAGCCAAAGGAGGGAGCACCCAGAUGUCACCAGUGUGAUUAGCUGUGGGGCGCGGGGUGCGGGGUGCUGAGACUGUAGGGUUCUCGGCAGUGGAACAUGAAGGGGAGCAUCCUACUGCUCAUAUCCUUGUGAGGACAGCACUCGGCUCCUUCCUCGGGCUCGGACAGCUCAGGAACUGCCAUGUCUCAGCCUUGGCCAUGGUGGCCCUACAGAAAGUGUGGGGUAGCGUGCUUCUGUGGGAUCUUUUGCCUUUCCCUGUUUGCAUCCUUUACAAUGUUUUGUGUUUGUUUUUUUCCAAAUUAAAAACUUGAGGGCGCCUGGGUGGCUCAGUUGGUUGAGCGACUGCCUUCGGCUCAGGUCAUGAUCCUG